AUGGUGGUGUCAGUCAGCAAGGUGAUGGCGAACUCGAAAGCUCGCGACACGCUCUUUCAAGCAAAGCAUGAAGUUGAGUAUGACCUCAAGGUGGUGUGCCGAGACGCGAACAGUGUUGUUGAUAGUGUUCAGUGCAAAUUCUGCCGUUUCUAUGGCAGGGAGCAAGUUCCUGGUGCCAAACGCAAGCGUAUCCAUAACAUUAAACUCUUUGCACCACCUUACCAAACAGACAACUAUCAACUCCAUCACAAAGAGAUCCGCAAGGACAAGUGGAUCGAGUACAAAGCGAUAUCGUUCGAGGACAAGAAAGUGUUCUUCAACAAGCGGCAGGAGUUCAAGGACACCUUGUUCUACUUCUUUGACGACACGAGCUCCACACUGAUAUUCAUCAUAAGUGUGUCCAUUGUCAAAGUUUUGAUUGGCGAGUUAGUCUUCAACUCCGAGGAUGAAAUGAUCUUGGCCGAGAUAGUGUUGCAGCUACUUUGGCGUCAAGAGUACGGCAGCUACAACGUCACGAUCAAGAUCAUAGGUAUCAGCUUGCGAUUCAGCACACGUCAUCCGGAUUGUCGUUCAGGCAGACCGCCACCGUCAUUCAACAACACCAAAAUCUCAUCAAGAACGUGA